UUUAUUAACACCUCCGUGCUUAAAAUCCUAAUUCUUCCCCUGUGGAGUAGUCCGUCUAAAUAAAUCUCCUCCUGUCAGCUGAACAACCCGUUGGGUGAUCAAACAUGUUAAUCAUCCAUUCCCAUCGACUAGCUAGCCCACCACAGCUGAACUUUACGUGUCACCUCAAACAGCAAUUGCCAUGCAAGCACAAAUUGCCCAUAUGUAAAGCAUUCCACAGCAUCCACACAUACAAUCGUAAAGUCAUGUUCCACUAUACACUACAAUUGGAUAAAACUAUAAAAUAAUUAAAGUGUAUGGCUUACCUUCCUGCCUUAAUUAAUCUCGUGUGCUAUAUGCCGUAGACAAUAGAUAUGAAUCACAAAAAUUGAAUAAAUAGGCCCACAGACUGACCACACCACUUCAAUUAAUAACACCCAUUUUCUCUCAUUCUGCUCUUGAAUUUUUUUUCUAUCAAUAUAAUCUUCCCCUCAUAUUCCUUUCAAGAUUUGAAGUAAAAGAUCAGGAUCUUAAUUUAUCCUCGUAGAUUGUCUCUGUUGCUUAAAGAUGAUAGUGGAUGAGAAAUUCUGUUUCAAAGAGGCAACGAACCUUACAGUUCAUAAGACCUCUGUGUUCUUCCCAGGCGAUGGCUUCAUCGUCUAUGAUCCUAACAGGGAAAUCAUCUUUCGUUUUGAUUCUUAUGGCCCUGAUUCUGAGCCUAAAGAUGAGCUUGUUCUCAUGGAUGCCGGUGGCAAGGGCCUCCUCACCCUUUGUCGAAAGAAGCCAAGUCUUCAUCAACGGUGGGAAGGCUUCUUAGGAGAGAGGAUGGAAGAUCAUCAAGAACCAGUUUUUAGUGUUUGCAGAUCUAGUAUCAUCGGACGCUCCAACAUGAUCGUACAGGUUUUUGGUGAUCCAGGUGAGGAGUACCAUAUCAGGGGUUCUUAUUCUCAGAGAUGCUGUACAAUUUUUAACACAUCCUCGGAGAAUUCAUCAAAAGAUCCGGUGGCUGUGAUCAAAAGAAAAGUGGACCCCUCAACUCAUGUGAUGCUUGGAAAGGAUGUCUUUUGGCUUUGUGUAAGGCCAGGGUUUGAUGGUGCUUUUGCAAUGGGAUUGGUUCUGGUUCUUGAUCAAAUGUACGGUCACAAUGCUGAUGGUGAUGUGCAGGACACAGACCCUACCUCCGAGGAUUUUUCCUCUUAAGCCUUUUAUUUAAGGUUUCUUAUAGAUAAAACUAAAUUACUGACUCGUGAUAUUUCCCAUAUUUCGAAUUAAGUUUUUAUUGAAUAUAAAAAAAUAUUUAGAUAUUAUUA